CCGGUGCUUUGUUUUUUUUUUUUUUAAAUGUGUCUCUGCCUCCUCUUGGUUGAGAGAUGGAGUCCUGGAAGUUGCCAAGGAAAACACAGAUCUUAUUUCUGUUGAGUUUUUCUCUUGGAACUCUGUAUCUGCAAAGCAUCCUUCUCCAAAUCCCGGUGUGCAGUUGCGGGGAAUGCCGCAGCGAUGGCCCCUGGUUCUCUGCCCGUUUCCAGGCAGCACAUCACCCACUGAUGACGAGGAACAGUGUAGUGAGUCCAGAGGUGUUUCAGUGGUGGACGCGGCUGCAGCGUGGAAAUGCGCGACGGGAUGAGUACGAAGACGUUCUGAAUAAGAUUUUUGAAGCCAUCCCGGACAAGGAGAUGUACAGGGACGCUGGUCCGGCCCGCUGCAGGGUGUGCUCCGUGGUGGGUAACUCUGGCAACCUCCUUAACUCUCACUAUGGCCCUAUGAUUGAUAACAGUGAUUUUGUCUUCAGAAUAAAUCGAGGUCCCACCAAAGGCUUUGAGCGGGAUGUUGGAUUUAAGACUACUCAUCGUGUUAUGUACCCUGAAAGUGCUGUUCACAUGGACAACUCCACGCACAUGGUCUUCUUCGCCUUCAAGAUGAAGGACCUGAAAUGGUUGGUUAGUUUGGCCACCAAAGACCCCAUCAAACGACAAGCAAAUAUGAGCUUGGUGAUGCUUGUGAGCCCCAGCUUCAUGAGGUACGUACACCACCAUUGGCUGAAGAAACACGGCCAAUACCCGUCCACUGGAUUCAUGACUCUCAUUAUGGCUCUUCAUAUCUGUGACAAGGUCCGAGUGUUUGGAUUCGGAGCAGACAAGGAUGGCAACUGGUACCACUACUUUGAGAGGACGCCGCCACGCUACAAAACAGGCAUACACAGCGGCAACUUUGAGUAUGACACCCUCAAAGAGCUCCAGNAAAGGAACAUACUUCAACUGUAUGCAUGGCCGUAACCAGCAUUGAGGACACAGAGGUCAUGUCUGGUUACAAGCCCUGGUUGUAUGGAUGACCUCUGAAAACAGUUGAAGAGCUCUUUUCCAAAAUGAGAUAUAUCCAUUUUAUAGAAUGUUGGGAAAUUGACAUUUUUGUAUUGGGCAUUCCAUUGAAUUGCAUUGCAAAAUGCAUUUUAUAUUGGUUUAAAAUGUAUGUUCUCCAAACAUUUGAAUGGCAAGAAUUCAGGCAUAGAUGAUAGGACUUCUUAACAGUCAAUUCUAAUAUUAAAAUGCAAAAAGUAAAAAAUAGUGGAUAUAGCGUUUUGGAAAAGAGCUCUUCAGUUACAGUGCAUUCGAGUUUAGGACUAUUAUUUCUGUUUAUGUGAAUGUGAGAAUGUGUGUCCUGUAAGUCAACCGUAGUUGUGAUUUUGUGUUAAUGAAUAUAUUUUUGAAUGAGUUUUUCAAAUUUGAUGAGAACACUCUACAUGAUAUACCUAAAUGUACCUAAAUAUACCUAAAUUUGCCCAGGGACCACAGAUGUAAACUAGCUUCUAGCUAACUCUGGUACUAGAUUAUGUCUUGUACAUAGUCAGUCAAAUAUGCAAAUAAACUAAACAAAAUGUAACCCUUCUGUAUCUUCACAAAGAUAUGUGUAUAAUUACAAUGAGUACAGCCUAAGCUAAUUAUUUGGGAAUCUCAAUGACAAUCAUGAUGAAAUAUUUUGGCAAUCAUACUAACUACAUCUAUUAUCAAGAAAACCACUUUGACUUAACUUAAAUUAUGCUUUCCAUGCAGCAUAGUCAAAAAUUAUUCACUUUGUUUAAACCACUGAUUCUUGAAAGUUUGGCAAAAACAUACUCCAGCUAAUUGUGCUAAUUCUGUUGAAAAACAAUUAAGUACAGUGGUUUGAAAGAUUUCAUUGUCAUUUUAUUAUUUUUCAUUGCUGUAAACCUGCCCACAACCUUGACCUUGACCUUGUCCUGAAACCGAAACAGACCCGGCUGCAGAACCAAGUCGUUGG